AUGGAAUCGCGGUGGCCAAAGUUUAUUUCUGUACGCUCUCUUAUUUUGCUAUUACUCAUUGCUACUCACUAUUUCUCAUUUGUGAAGACAGUACAGGCAGUUGGCCGCGUUGAGGAGUGCUCUGCCUUGUGGCUGUUCAAGCGAAGCUUUUCGAUUGACGAGUCUGCUUCUGGGGAACCUUUGUCUUGUGCAAAGGUUGCAUCUUGGACUCAACAUGGUGGAGAAAGGAGUAACUGUUGUUCAUGGGACGGUGUCGAGUGCGAUGAGGACUCUGGCCAUGUUAUUGGUCUUGACCUCCGAAGCAGCUGUCUUUAUGGUUCCAUCAACUCCAACAGCACUCUCUUCCACCUUGUUCACUUGCAGAAGCUUGACCUUUCAGAUAAUUACUUCGAUUGGUCUGAAAUACCAUCAAGAUUGGGCCAUGAUCUGACGAGUUUAACAUAUCUCAACCUUUCAUAUUCAGCCUUUUUCGGCCAAAUUCCGUCAGAAAUUUCGAAGCUAUCCAAGUUGUCUACUCUUGAUCUCUCUUCUUAUAGUAGCCAUUUAAAAUGGACAAAGAGAAACCUGAGAAGCCUCGUUCAAAACUUGACCAACAUAAAAAAGCUUCAUCUUAGAGAGGUAGACAUAUACUCCACUGUGCCUGAUAUCUUGGUAAAUGCAUCUUCUCUUACAUCUCUUCAACUUGACAAUUGUGGGUUGUAUGGGGAAUUCCCAGUUGGCAUUUUCCAUCUACCAAACUUAGAGGUUCUUUAUGUGAGAUCUAACUCAGACCUAACAGGCUAUUUUCCCACCUUUAACAAGAGCAAUGUUUUCAAGAAAUUGGAUGUUACCGGCACGAAUUUCUCUGGCCAACUGCCUACCUCCCUCGGAAACCUUCAUUCCUUGAUUGUGUUUGCCAUCUCAUCGUGCAAUUUUCAUCCCAAUGUUCCAUCUUCAAUCGGAAACCUUACCCAACUCAGUUACCUUUCCAUGUAUUCAUUUAAUGACGUUUCCAAAGGCAAGCUAUCUGUUUCUUUUUCUUGGGUUGGAAAACUAACCAAACUCUACCACUUGUCUUCUCUUACAUCUCUCCAACUUGACAAUUGUGGGUUGUAUGGGGAAUUCCCAGUUGGCAUUUUCCAUCUACCAAACUUAGAGGUUCUUUAUGUGAGAUCUAACUCAGACCUAACAGGCUAUUUUCCCACCUUUAACAAGAGCAAUGUUUUCAAGAAAUUGGAUGUUACCGGCACGAAUUUCUCUGGCCAACUGCCUACCUCCCUCGGAAACCUUCAUUCCUUGAUUUUGUUUGCCAUCUCAUGGUGUAAUUUUCAUCCCAAUGUUCCAUCUUCAAUCGGAGACCUUACCCAACUUAGUUACCUUGACAUGUCUUCAUUUAAUGACGUUUCCAAAGGCGAGCUAUCUGUUUCUUUUUCUUGGGUUGGAAAACUAACCAAACUCUACCACUUGGACCUUGGAGAUACCAACAUAGAGGGAGAAUUCCCAUCUUUUGUGUCUAACCUGACACAACUUGAAUUUCUAAACUUGGCCGCUAAUGCAAUAUCAGGUCAAAUCCCAUCUUGGCUUAUGAAGUUCACCCAGUUAACCUCUCUAAGCCUUGGUGAUAACAAUUUGCAAGGACCAAUUCCUAGGUCGCUCUUCCAACUCAAAAAUCUUGAAUAUCUUCUUCUUUCCGGUAAUAACUUGAGUGGGUUGGUUGAGUUUGAUCAGUUUUCCAAGCUCAAAAAGUUGAAGGGCCUUGAAUUAUCGAACAACAUGUUAUCUGUGGAGAUCAGAAAUGAUUUGAGUGCUACUCUUCCAAAGCUUCAAACUCUAGCACUGGGCUUCUGCAACUUAACAGAGUUUCCAAAAUUUUUGAAGAAUCAAUCCGAAUUGACUGAGUUAGACCUUUCUGGCAACUAUAUUCACGGCCCAAUACCGAAAUGGGUCUGGAAUGCAACUAUUGAAACUUUGUUGGACCUCCGUCUCUAUGACAACUCUUUGACAGGAUUUGACCAAUAUCCAGGCAUUCUCCCAUGGACAAAUCUGAUCUUUCUGACUCUUGGGUUUAACAAGUUACAAGGUCCUCUGCCAAUUCCACCGCAAUCAAUCAGAUUUUAUGCUGUAGAAAACAACGAAUAUACUGGAGAAAUUUCACCUCUGUUCUGCAACUUCAAUAAUCUCCAAGUUCUCAAGUUGUCCAACAACAACCUCAGUGGCAUGCUUCCACAAUGUUUGGGUAACUCUAGUGUUUUGGAAAUAUUGGCCCUGCAUAACAAUUUUUUAAAGGGAUAUAUUCCUCCAAUAUGUCCAAGCAAAACUAGUCUGAGAAUUGUUGAUUUUAGUUAUAAUCAGUUGCAGGGGAAGCUACCAAGAGGGGUGAUGAAUUGUACUCAGUUAAAGGUUCUUAAUUUUGCAAACAAUCAGAUGAGUGACAUCUUCCCAUCUUGGUUAGGGGCACUUCCAGAAUUAAGGAUUCUCAUUUUGCGGUCUAAUGGAUUUCAUGGCGUAAUUGGGAAGCCUGCAACUAAACAUGAGUUCCCAAAGUUGCGCAUCAUUGACUUAUCUAACAAUGGUUUCUCAGGUAUGUUGCCCUCUAAUUACUUAGAGAACUGGAAUUCCAUGAAAUAUGUUGACGAAAACCAGCGAACUUAUUUUUACGUAUAUACGGAUGUCGUCGAUGGACAUUACUUUUAUUAUCAUUACGCAAUGACAAUACGUGGCAAAGGUGUUGAGUUGAAAUAUGAAAAGACCCCUUAUCUUCUCACACUCAUAGAUCUGUCAAGUAAUAGAUUUGAAGGAGAGAUUCCAGAAGGUCCCGUUGGGAACCUAAGAGGCCUUGUUUUGCUGAACCUUUCCAACAACUCUCUCACUGGUCACAUCCCCUCAUCUUUAGGGGACUUGGCUGCUCUCGAAUCGUUAGAUCUCUCCCAGAACCAGCUCUCAGGAAGGAUCCCGAGUAAUUUAGCACAACUCACUUUCCUUGCAUAUUUUAAUGUAUCCCAUAACCAUCUCUCCGGGCCUAUACCACUUGGCGAACAAUUCGAUACAUUCCAGGAGGACUCGUACGAAGGAAACUCAGGUCUGUGUGGAAAGUCUCUGCCAAAGAAAUGUGAAGAUUCUGAGAGCUCAAAGCUGCCACCACCAUCAAUCGUGGGAGAAGAAGAAGACUCUGUAUUUCAAAUUGCACUAGAUUGGUACGUGGUUUUGCCAGGAGUUGUUAGUGGUCUGAUUGUUGGAGUGGUUGUUGGGAACAUAUGGACAACAAAGAAGCAUGAAUGGUUUGUGGAGACGUUUAGCAGGAGGAGGAAGCCAAGAGGCACAAGGGCUAGGAGGGGACGCAGAACUUAG